AUGGCGUCCUCCCCCUGUGAUAUCGCCUUCCAGGCUGCUAUCAGCGGCAACCUCCGCGUCAUCAAGACUAAGCGCCCUGAAAUGGCCAAGAAGGUGGACCUGCGGGGAGCCAAGGACGCGAAAGGCGAUUCUUUGCUUCAUUUCGCUGCGUGCAAGGGCUGCCUGGAGAUCUGCAAGUUCCUGGUGGAGGAAUCUGGGCUUGAUGUCAAUUUGGUGUCCAAAACAGGUGCGACACCGAUGCUCUACGCCGCGCUUGCGCCUUGCGGGGAAUGUAAAGUUAUGAGGUACCUCCUCGACCGCGGCGGCGACCCGGCCAUCCCUGACCAGACUGGCUUGAUGCCGCUGCAUAACGCAGCAGAGGAAGGGCACUGCGAGGCUGUAAGGCUAUUGCUGUCCAGAGGAGUUCAUGUGGAUCCUAUCGAUCAUCGGGGUGCACCAUUACACAUGGCAAUUGCAAAGGACCGUGUUGAGGCUGUGAAGCUUCUGCUGGAGCAUGGUGCUGAUCCGAACAAAGUGGUCAAUGACAUCCUUUCACCACUUUUGAUGUCUGUCUUUGGGAAGUCCUUGAAAUGCAUGAAGCUACUGAUUGAGGCUGGUGCUGAUCUGAAUGCUCGUGGUAAAUCUGGACCAACUCCUUUAACGCAAGCAGUUGAUGAUGGCUUCACCGACUUUGUCAAGUUGCUCCUAGAGUCUGGAGCCGACCCUAACAUUGCUAGCGAGCAUGGUACAAUUCCAGUCGAGAUAGCAGCAGCUCAUGGCCGACGUGACCUUGUUGAAGUUCUGUUUUCUAGGACAAAACCAAUUCCAUCUCUGCCAGAUUGGAGCGUUGAUGGGAUAAUUAAAUACAUGAAUUCUCCACUUAACCAUCAGGCCGCAUAUUCUGUGGAAGAAAGAAUUGCUUAUUGGAAGUUACGAGGAAAGGAAGCAUUUGCAAAGAAGGACUACCUUACAGCAAUGUCUUUCUAUGGCAAGGUACUUGACGUAAACCCAUCUGAUGCUGCCAUGUAUGCCAACCAUAGCCUCUGCUGGCUGCGUAUGAGACAUGGGGUGCUAGCUCUGGAAGACGCGCGCAAGUGCAGAAUGAUGCGGCCCAGUUGGUCCAAGGCCUGGUAUCGUGAAGGUGCAGCCCUCAGCUUCAUGAAGGACCACGAGGGUGCCGCUGAUGCAUUCCGGGAGGCGCUGCAGCUGGACCCUAAGAGUGAAGAGAUUAGGGAAGCGCUGAGGAAGGCCGAGAAGGCUGCGGAGGAGUAA